AUGGACGUGACCGGGCUGAAGAGCUACAAAGAGCUGGUGAGCCUGAGCGAGGAGGAGAAGAAGGUGCACCUGAAGGAGUACCUGAAGGACAAAGCGAGGUCGGAGCAGCUGAUCAAAAAGUUUAAAAAUUUCUACAUGGACCUGUCUCGCCAAAGGUAUGGACCGAAGACGCUCAGCAAGUUAAUCGAGUACGCGGAGGAGGUAAAGCUGAAGGAAAAAAUCGAAAAGACAUUUAAGGGCGAAAAAAUGAACAUGACAGAAAAUAGGAGCGUCCUUCACACCGCCUUGAGAAUUCCAAUCGAAAAAAUAAAUACACACAAAAUUGUAGUGGAUGGAAAAAACGUUCUAGAAAAUGUGCAUGAUGUGUUAAAAAAAAUUGAGGCAUAUUCGGAUAGCAUUCGAAACGGAACCAUAAAGACUUGCAAAAAUACAAAGUUUAAAAAUUUAAUCUGUAUAGGCAUAGGGGGGUCCUACCUUGGCACGGAGUUCGUCUACGAGGCGAUGAAGUACUACCACUACAACAGCGUGGCGGGGGAGAAGAAAAAGAAGAAGAAGGAGGAGGAGGAAAAAAAAAUGGAAAAUGAGGUGUGCAAAACGGACGCCGCAAGCAACUUCAACCUGAAUUAUGACCAAGACGAAAUGAUAAACGUCCGCUUUCUGGCCAACGUAGACCCAAACGAUAUCAACAGGGCUGUGCACAACAUAGAACAGACGGACACUCUCGUUGUGAUCAUCUCGAAAACUUUUACGACAGCGGAGACGAUGCUGAAUGCGAGGUCUAUUAAACACUGGCUAAGUUUAAAAAUAAAGGAUGACCAAGAAUUGAGCAAACACAUGGUUGCAGUCAGUACCAACCUAAAAUUGACAGACGAGUUUGGCAUAGUACGCGAAAAUGUAUUUGAAUUUUGGGAUUGGGUAGGAGGAAGAUUCUCUGUAACAAGUGCAGUAGGUAUUUUACCUCUCUCCAUUGCCUUUGGCUAUCAAAAUAUGAGGCAGUUCCUGAAUGGCUGCCACGAUAUGGAUGAGCAUUUUUUAAAAACAAAAUUUGAAGAGAACAUCCCUGUCCUUCUAGCACUCACCAGCUUUUAUAACAACCAAUUUUGGGAUUGUAAAAAUGUAGCCAUUUUGCCGUACUUUCAAAAUUUGCAAAAAUUUGCUGCUCACAUUCAGCAGCUCUCCAUGGAGAGUAACGGGAAGACGGUAGACCGAAGUAACAACCUUGUAAGUUACAACACAUGUCAGGUGUUUUUUGGAGAACCAGGGACCAACGGCCAGCACAGCUUCUACCAGUUAAUACACCAGGGGCAGAUGAUUCCCGUAGAAUUGAUCGGCUUCAAACAUUCCCACUUCCCUCUUCAUUUCCCAAGUGAAAAAGUGAGCAAUCAUGAUGAGCUCAUGACUAACUUUUUCGCGCAGGCCGAUGCCUUGGCCGUUGGGAAAAGCUUAGAGGAGGUAGCCCACGAGAACGAAAUGAACAAAAAGAAGAUGCCUCCAGAAUUGCUAACCCAUAAGGUCUUCCAAGGCAACCGACCUUCCACUCUGCUACUGUUUGACGAAUUAAAUUUCUACACGUGCGGCUUGCUGCUCUCUCUGUACGAAUCCAGAGUCGUCGCCGAGGGGUACCUGCUCAACGUCAACAGCUUCGACCAGUGGGGCGUCGAGCUGGGCAAGGUCCUGGCCAAGGAGGUGCGCGACUACUUCCACGAGGUGCGCUCCAAGAAGGGCCCCGCCGCCGCCCACGGCUUCAACGAGUCCACCAAGAUACUCCUGGGUUACUACCUCAGCUAG